GCGCUUCUCAUUGCGGCUGCACAACGGAGGCUUCGAGUAGAACUGGGAAGGCAGCCAGGAGAGUGCGCGAGAAGUCAGAGCAAUAGCCUCCGUUACCGAAAAACUCUGCGCCUUCUCGAGUUGUGUAUAUACUUUCGUUUGGGAGGAUAAAAGGGUGGUAAACUUUUUAGAUUUUUGUUCACACAAAGAGACUUUCCGUCCAUUUUUUCCGUCCCAAAAUGACCAGUAGCCCGGUUACUGGGUUGCUGGUGGCACUAUGCAUCGGCAGCGCCGUUCAUUGCAUGCCGAAGAACAAAAACCGACGACAGGCUCAGGAACGAGUUUAUCCCAGCAUGGACGAGGCAGCAUCAUACGCAUCCUCGUCAGUUUCUCAAGAUGGCUGCAACGAGAAUGGCCAGUAUUAUGGAAUUAACCAGCAGUGGGAACGCCAGUAUUUGGGAAGUACAUUGAUCUGCACUUGUCACGGAGUUGCUGGAAUUAAAUGCAAAACCAAACCUGAAGCCGAGGAGACGUGUUACGACAAAAUCACCGCACGGUCUUACCGGGUCGGGGAGACUUAUGAGCGGCCGAAGGACGGGAUGAUUUGGGACUGCACGUGCAUCGGCUCUGGUCGGGGAAAAAUCAGCUGCACAAUAGCGAACCGUUGUCACGAGGGAGGCCAGUCCUACAAAAUCGGAGACACCUGGAAAAGACCUCACGACACCGGAAGCUACAUGCUGGAGUGCGUCUGUUUGGGAAACGGCAAGGGGGAGUGGACCUGCAAACCUGUUGCGGAGCGUUGCUACGACAACACGGCCGGCACUUCUUACCUGGUGGGGGAGACCUGGGAGAAGCCCUACCAGGGUUGGAUGAUGGUGGACUGUACCUGUCUGGGCGAGGGCAACGGACGCAUCACCUGCACAUCCAGAAAUCGCUGCAACGACCAGGACAUGCAGGCCUCGUACCGCAUCGGGGAGGCCUGGAGCAAGACCGACGUCCACGGGCACGUCCUGCAGUGCCUGUGCACGGGCAACGGGCGCGGCGAAUGGAAGUGCGAGAGACACGCCUCCCUGCACACCAGCUCUCUGGGCACCGGAACACGAGUGGUGACCAACGUCCAUUCGGCAGUGUACCGCCCCGUGCCCCACCCCGAGCCCCCCUUGGAGGGCGCCUGCUCGACCGACUCGGGCGUGGCCUACUUCCUGGGCAUGCGCUGGAUCAGGACGCAGGGCAGCAAGCAGAUGCUGUGCACCUGCCUGGGCAACGGCGUCAGCUGCGAGGAGUGGGACGGCCAGUCUCAUGUGUACGGCGGGAACUCCAACGGCCAGCCCUGCGUCUUCCCCUUCGUCUUCAUGGGCCAGACCUACUACUCCUGCACCUCGGACGGGCGCAAGGACGGGCAGCUGUGGUGCAGCACCUCCUCCGACUAUGAGUCCGACCGCCAGUACUCCUUCUGCACGGAGAAAAACGUGCUGGUGACAACCAGAGGGGGCAACUCCAACGGGGCGCUGUGCCACUUCCCCUACCUGUACAACAGGCGCAACUACACCGACUGCACCGCCGACGGGCGCACCGACGGCAUGAGGUGGUGCGGCACCACCUACGACUACGACCGGGAGCAGAAGUUCGGGUUCUGCCCCAUGGCCGCUCACGAGGAGGUGUGCACGACCAGCGACGGCGUGAUGUACCGCACCGGCGACCAGUGGGACAAGCGCCACGACGUGCUGGGUCACAUGAUGCGCUGCACAUGCCAGGGGAACGGGCGGGGCGAGUGGAGCUGCAUCGCCUACUCCCAGCUGAAAGACCAGUGCAUCAUCGACGGGCUGACCUACGAGGUGAACCAGACCUUCACCAAGCGCCACGACGAGGGCUACAUGAUGAACUGCACCUGCUUCGGCCAGGGGCGUGGCCGCUGGAAGUGCGAUGCCAUUGAUCAGUGCCAGGAGCCGGAGACCAGGGCUUUCUACCAGAUCGGCGAGUCCUGGGACAAAGUCAUCCAUGGCAUCCAGUACAGGUGCUAUUGCUACGGCAACGGCAUCGGAGAGCUGAGCUGUGAGCCCCAGCAUACUGGCUCUGGCGGUAAUCGCCCCGUCCAGGUGAUCAUCACAGAGUCUGGGAACCAGCCCGAUUCGCACCCCAUCCAGUGGAACGCCCCCGCGUCCGCUCACAUCACGCAGUACAUCCUCAAGUGGAGACAGAAAAACACGCGCGCCCCGUGGAAGGAGGUGACCAUCCCGGGCCACCUGAACUCCUACACCAUCGCGGGGCUCCGCCCGGGGAUCACGUACGAGGGUCAGCUGAUCAGCAUCCUGCGCUACGGCCGCCGCGAGGUCACCCGCUUCGACUUCACCACCACCUCCGGCUCCCUGGAGACGUCCGAGGGGGAGACCACACCACCCCCGCCGGUGGUGGACAUCUCGGAGUCGGUGACGGAGAUCACCUCCAGCAGCUUCGUGGUGUCCUGGGUGUCGGCGUCCGACACCGUGUCCGGGUUCCGGGUGGAGUACGAGCUGAGCGAGGAUGGAGCCAAGCCCGUGGUCCUGGACCUGCCCCACACCGCCACCUCGGUCAACCUGAGCGAGCUGCUGCCCGGGCGCAAGUACAUCGUGAGCGUGUACGAGGUGACGCCCGAGGGCACGCCCAACCUCAUCCUGACCACCUCGCAGACCACCGCUCCCGAUGCCCCAGCUGAGCACGCUGUGGACGAGGUGGGAGAGACCUCCAUCAUGGUCAGCUGGUCCAAGCCCCUGGCUCCCAUCACAGGGUACCGUGUGGUCUACACCCCGUCCAUAGAGGGCAGCAGCACAGAGCUCACCCUGCCCGACACCGCCACCUCCGUGACCUUGAGCGACCUUCGACCCGGCCUGCUCUACAACAUCAGCAUCUACGCUGUGGAGGAGACCCUGGAGAGCGAGCCCAUUUUCGUCCAGGUCCACACCGCCGGAGAACCUCUGCCAGAGGAAGUCCCGUCCCCGACGGACCUGCAGUUCUACGAGGUGACCGACGUGAAGAUCGCCAUCAUCUGGACGGCGCCCCGCGGCGGGGUCUCGGGGUACCGCGUCAGCGUCCUGCCGCUGGUGGAGGGGAGCGCGCCGCAGCGCGAGAUCCAGCUGCCCGUCACGCGCGACGCGUACGCGGAGGUGUCCCCGCUGCAGCCCGGGACGGUCUACCGCUUCUACGUCUACGCCAUCAGCGGGGGGGCGGAGAGCAGGCCCCUGGUCGGGGAGAGGGCCACGAAGCCCGACGCCCCCGCCGACCUCCGCUUCGCCAACGUGACCGAGGACAGCGUCAUCGUCAUCUGGGGGGUGCCCCGGGCCCGGAUCACGGGCUACCGCCUGAUCCUGACGGAGGGCGCCAACUCCAGGCAGCUGAAGGUGCCCCCGCGCCUGUCCCAGUACACCCUGCUGAACCUGCGUCCCCGCACCGAGUACGUCGUCACCCUGCACUCCGAGGCCGGCGACGUGGUCAGCGAGGGCGUCCGCGGCACCUUCACCACCACUCAGCCAAUGGGCAACGCCCCUCGCAUCAGCACUGAUGUCACAGACACCUCCAUCAUCAUCUCCUGGUCCCCUGUGCCUCGCAUUGGCUACAAGCUGUCCGUGAGGCCCAGCCAGGGCGGGGAGGCUCCCAGGGAGGUCACCUCCGAUUCGGGCAGCAUCCACAUCUCCGGCCUGACCCCCGGGAUCGAGUACACCUACAGCGUCCAGCCGGUCAUCAACGGGCGCGAGCACGGCAGGCCCAUCACAAACCGCGUGGUCACACGCCUGUCCCCACCUACUGACCUCAAUCUGGAGUCCAACCCAGGCACCGGGGAGCUGACGGUUCAGUGGACCGACACCAAGACCCCUGACAUCACUGGGUACCGGGUGGCGUGCACGCCCACCAACGGGCAGCGCGGGAACUCCGUGGAGGAGUUUGUGAGGGCGGGGCAGAGCUCCUGCACGCUGGAGAACCUGAGCCCCGGUGUGGAGUACAACGUCAGCGUCUUCACCGUCAAGGACGACAUGGAGAGCGAGCCCGUCUCCAGCACCGUCACGCCAGACGUCCCCCAGCUUACUGACCUGAACUUUGUCGAUGUCACCGACACGACCAUCGGCUUGCGGUGGAGCCCGAUUAACUUCACCGCGGUCACGGGCUACCGCAUCACCGUGGUGGCCGCGGGGGAGAGCGUCCCCAUUUUCGAGGACAUGGUGGAGCCCACGGCGGGCUAUUACACCGUGCACGGACUGGAGCCCGGCAUUGACUAUGACAUCAGCGUCACCACGGUGACCGAGAGCGGAGAGAGCCCGCCCACCACCCUCACACAGCAGACUGAUGGCAUGAUUAGUGGAGAUGGGAAAGUUGCGCCUGAAGCGUCGGGGUCUGGGAACGGUUUCCCCGUGGUGAACCAGACGAGAUCCGUUCCUGCCCCCACUGAUCUGAAUUUCGGAGAGGUGGGCCCCGACACCAUAGAGGUCACCUGGACCGCCCCUACUGUCCUCACGUCCGCCGACAUCACCCGUUUCAUCGUCCGCUACCACCCGAUCAACAACGACGACGACGUCACCGAGCGCAACGUGGGCGGCAACACCAACAGCGUCGUCCUGCGCGACCUGCUGCCCAACACGGAGUACGUGGUGAGCGUGGUGUGCGUGUUCGAGGAGCGGGAGAGCAAGCCUGUCACCGGCACCCAGAAGACAACCCUGGACUCGCCCACGGCCCUGGACUUCUCCGAGGUGUCCACCAACUCCUUCACCGUCCACUGGGUGGCGCCGCGCGCCGUCAUCACCGGCUACAAGGUCCGCUACCAGGCGGCCAGCGGCGGCCGCUCCAGGGAGGAGAGGCUGCCCCCGACCCGGAGCCACUUCGCCCUGACGGGCCUGGCGCCGGAGACCGAGUACAUCAUCAGCAUCCUCGCCGUCAGCGGCUCCCAGGAGAGCCUGCCGCUCACCGGUCGCCAGGCAACCAUUUCGGAUGCCCCCACCGACCUGGUUGUGACCACCUCCACCCCCGACAGCAUUACCAUCCGCUGGGACGCCCCCUCUGUCUCCGUGCGGUACUACAGGAUCACCCACGGGGAGACAGGAGGCCACGGUAUCCCCAAGGAGUUCACUGUCCCCGGGUCCCAGUCCUCCGCUACCAUUCGGGACCUGCGCCCCGGGACCGAGUACACCAUCACCGUCUACGCCGUGACGGGGCGAGGGGACAGUCCCGCCUCCAGCACUCCCAUCUAUGUCACUCACAGGACAGAUAUCGAGUCCCCGUCUGAGAUGGAGGUGACCGACGUGAAGGACAACACCAUCACGGUGCGCUGGACCCCGGCUCAAGGCCCCGUCACAGGGUACCGGGUCACCGGCACCCCCAAAAAUGGCCAAGGCCCCACCUUCUCCGAAGUGGUUGCUCCCGACCAGACGGAGAUCACCUUCUCGGGCCUGAUGCCCACAGCCGAAUAUGAGCUGAGCGUGUUCGCCCUGGGAGAGGAUGGGGAGAGCGCGCCUCUGGUGGAGACCGCAAUUACCGCUGUGGACCGGCCCAAAGACCUGAUCUUCUCCGACGUGGACUCCACCUCCAUGAGGAUCUCCUGGGAGGCCCCCGAGGGGGCGGUGACCUCCUACAGGGUCCUGUACUCCAGCUCCGAGGAGGGCGAGGCCGAGCUCCGCCCCGCCCCCGACGGGGAGGCCGAAACCGCCCAGCUGCGGGGGCUGCGUCCCGGGACGGAGUACACCGUCAGGGUCAUCGCCCUGCACGACCGCACCCCGAGCCCCGCCCUGGAGGGGGCGCAGGCCACAGCCAUUCCUGCCCCCACAAACCUGAAAUUCACUCAGGUCAGUCCUUCAGCCUUCACCAUCUCCUGGGACGCCCCCCGUGCCCAGCUUUCCGGCUACCGCGUGGUCAUCAACCCCAAGAACAAGAGCGGGCCCACCAAGGAGAUCAGCCUGGCGCCGGACACCACUCAGGUCUUCGUGCCUUCGCUCAUGGUGGCCACUACCUACGAAGUCCUCAUCUACGCACUGAAGGACACGCUCACCAGCCGACCCCUCCAGGGAGAGGUCACCACCCUGGACACAAUCAGCCCCCCCCGCCGCGUUCGGAUCACGGACAUCAAGGACUCCUCCAUCACGCUCACCUGGCGCUCCAAGGUGGAGACCAUCUCCGGCUUCCUCAUCGAAGCCACGCCCGCCAGCGGCAGCCACGCCCCCAUCCAAAGGACCAUCUCACCCGAGCUCCGCUCUUACACUCUCACUGGUCUGCAGCCAGGUACCUCCUACACCAUCCACUUCUACACCCUGAACGGAGAUGCACGCAGUGCCCCCUUCACCAUCACUGCCAACACAAUGAAACCGUCGGUCGAGGGCCCCACCAACAUCCGCUUCACCUCUCUGACCCCCAACGCCAUCUCCUUCACCUGGGACGCCCCGCGCACGCGCAUCACGGGCUACUUCAUCACCUACGAGGUGUCCGGCGGCUCCCCCCGCGAGCUCACCCCACGCCCCCACGCCGGCAUGAACUACGCCACCAUCUCAGGUCUGAAGCCGGGCACCGAGUACAUCAUCAAGAUCAUCGCCCUGCAGGGCUCCCAGCGGAGCACCCCGCUGGUGGGGAAGGCCAGGACUCAACUCGAGCUCCAGCUGCCGGUGCCCGAGCUGCCCGUCCCCCACCGCCCCGGCCCCGACGCCCUGGACGUGCCCGAGGACGCCGCGCCCGACUUCGACCAGAACCGCGUGCAGCUGGCGGGCACCAGCGGGCACGGCACCCUGGGCCAGCAGGGCCAGCACAUCUACACCGAGUACCAGAGCCUGGGCCCCAACGGACAGCCCCAGGGGCCCGACGGCCGCGAGCCCCUGGCCCGCGUGCCCCAGCCGGGCGCCGACGGGGAGCUGGUGCACGUGGUGCGGGUGAAUGAAGGGAGCUUUCCCUUUGGUUUUCCAGAGAACGAGACUGCGGUCCCGCAGGAGUCUCAGACCCAGACCACCGUCUCCUGGCAGCCGUCCCUGCAGAGCUCUGAGUACCUGCUGUCCUGCCACCCCAUCACCCACAGCAGCGAGAAGGUGUUCCAGAUGCGCCUCCCAGGAACCUCCACCAGCGCCACCCUUGUGGGCCUCACCUCCGGGGCCUCCUACAACGUCAUCGUGGAGGCCAUCAAGGGGGCCCUCAAGCACAAGAUCCUGGAGGAGAUGAUCACUGUCAGCAACACCGUUCCAGGGAACGUGCCCUCCAAGGACGUGUGCUACGACACCUUCACGGCCACCUACCACGACGUGGGCGAUGAGUGGGAGCGCAUGUCGGACACCGGCUUCAAGCUCUGGUGCAAGUGCCUCGGCCUCGGCAGCGGCCAUUUUAGAUGCGACUCCUCCAAGUGGUGCCACGACAACGGCAACAACUACCGCAUCGGCGAGAAGUGGGACCGGCAGGCCGAGAACGGCCACCUGAUGACCUGCACCUGCCUGGGCAACGGGAAGGGCGAGUUCAAGUGCGAGCCGCAUGAGGACACCUGCUACGAUAACGGGAAGGUGUACAAGGUGGGCAACCAGUGGCAGAAGGAGUACCUGGGAGCCAUCUGCACCUGCACUUGCUACGGCGGGCAGCAGGGUUGGCGCUGUGAGAACUGCCGUCGGCCAGGCGGGGGUCUGGACGUGGACUUCGUGCAGCCGGUCCACACGGACCUGUACGAGCGCUACAGGGAGAACACCCUGCGCAAACUGAACAUCCAGUGCCCCAUUGAGUGCCUGAGACCAGACCUCCUCGCAGAUGCACAGAUCCCCCGAGAGUGAACCAGAAGCCCCCCCCACCCCCCCCCAUCCUGUCCGUCCUGUCCCGCC